CUCAGUUGUUAAAAAAAACACAAAGGCCGGUUUUGAUCUGUCCAUGGGGGUGACGGAUGGAUCUCUUGCCCCCGUUGUUUACCGAGUCACACGUUGAAGUGCGCCCUGCUGUUUUAUUCCGAGCUCAGUGUCAGGAUAAUGUGAGGCUUUUGCUGCAGUUCUUUCACAACAACAUCAACCUCGGGAAUAUUUAGUGGCAACUUCUUCCCGUCUGUGUGCCAAAAUGGGAAACGGACUGUCGGAUCACCGCUCGCUGCUCCCCCGCCUCCCCUGCUUUCAGGCUCUCCACAUUGUCAUUCUAGGACUGGACUGUGCAGGCAAGACCACUGUGCUGUAUCGCCUGCGUUUCAAUGAGUUCGUGAACACCGUCCCGACCAAGGGCUUCAACGCAGAGAAGAUCAAAGUGUCUCUUGGAGGCAGCCGUCGGACUGCGUCUUUCCACUUCUGGGACGUAGGCGGCCAGGAGAAGCUGCGGCCUCUGUGGCGCUCGUACACGCGCUGCGCCGAUGGCAUUGUGUUUGUGGUGGACUCGGUGGAUGCCGAGCGCAUCGAGGAAGCCAAGGCAGAGUUGCACAAAAUCACACGGCUGGCAGAGAACCAGGGCGUGCCGGUCCUGGUGGUGGCGAACAAACAGGACCUGCGCAAUUCUCUUAGUCUGCCUGAGAUGGAGAGCAUGUUGUCGCUAGGUGAGCUCAACACUGCCACACCCUGGCACCUUCAGCCUGCUUGUGCCAUUAUCGGCGAGGGGCUGCAGGAGGGACUGGAGAAGCUCCAUGCCAUGAUCGUGAAGAGGAGAAAGGUGCUGCGGCAGCAAAAGAGGAAGAGAUGAUGUGCUAGUAGAGGGACUACAAACUACGGGCAGAAUCUAAAGCUGCACGAGUACAGCUGACGUUUAGCUGGAACAAGACACAGUGUGGGUAUCCAUUCUGUCAGUUUUGUCUGGGUCUGUUCCUUCAGCUGAAAUGGCUUAAAGUUAGCCAGUUAGCCAGUGCUCCCACUGAGGCCCGUGCAAUGGAUUCUGAAUGCAGUCGUUCUAAAGUUAGUGCAGCAAUACGCCGAACUCUCAAAGAAGGACAAAAAGCUUUUGUUGUGUUUAUUUGUUGAAACAUACGCUGUACCAACUUAAAACAAUCAAAUAAGUCUCGAUCGUGUAUAUUCCACCAAAGCUCUGAAAGUUAACAUGAAGUUGAUAAUGACUCACUAAGUACAGAAUCACUACUGACUCCUCGAAACAGCGUCACGUGUCACAAUCAGUUGAAUAGAAGCUAUUUGUCAAGCGUGCGCCUGUGUUCCUGCUGACACGUCUCGAUGACAUGACGAGUACAGCUACACUAAUUGAUCUUCAUCAUCUGGUUACUGUUUAAACAUAACAGUGAUCAGUUUCUUCACUCGACAGCCGUGUCAAAAGACCAAAAUGUGACUCACACGAGUUGUUUUCUUAGCACGAGGCUGCUUUUCAAUCAACUGCACCAAAAAAGGGCUUUAUAUACUCUCUGCUAUUAGUUUAUAUGACAACAUGUAGUCAAUAAUUGACGAUCGCUUCAGUGCUCAAAUAUUUAAAGCUAACAACUGUAACUACUGUCCUAAAAAACCACAGUGAGAAGUCCGAGUCACCCUUGGAGGAAGAUGACAAUCAGCGUUAUACUUUUUGAUAUGCAAGUGUCGUCUGCGUUGCUGCUAAGAUGUUAGUUUUCAGGUCACCAGCCACAUUUCUUCAUUUAUUAAGUUCUUCGGGGUCGUGUCUCCUUUUGUUGCAGAACAUAGACUGGUCCCACAUGCUUUACUUGCAUUGUUGUAACGUCUAAGGCCGUCCUGUGAUUACUGUGUCAGUGCUGCUAACUUUGGAUAAAAACUGUGAUGUUAAACGUCA